UGAAGUAAGAAUUUUCUAUGUUUAACUGCUCGCUCUUCAAGUCUUUCUGUACAUAAUUUAUUUCGAUCAGUAUUAUAUUCUUGAUUAUACUAGUCCUGAACCUAUCAAAUCAAUACACUCUGUGCAUUAAACAAAUGUUACAAUUAACUAUUCAGACUGAUGAUGAAAGUAAUAUGCGAUAACAUAAAAUUGCUUUAGAAGCUGGUCAUUCAUUUAUUAUAACUCUUUGAUCUUUCUCUAUUAUAUUUUGUCGUCCCAAACAAGUGUCUGCUUUAAAUGAGUCUAACAACUAAAGAGUAGGCUCGGGAAAGCCAACUAUAAUGAAUUUAAUUGGAACUUCUUUAUUUAUCCUAUGAGUAUGUAAGAGAAGAUCAAAAGAGAUUUGUGGAUUUCUAUAGAGGAUGGCUCUACAAUAUUCUCUUUACUUUAGGUGUUUGCAAAGUUAAUAUUAUUCAUGGAUUCCUGUGGUUUUUGUUUCUUGUGUCAGAGUGAAAGUAUACAAUAGAACAAAUGUCCUUGUUUCUUUACGAAAUAUGAAGAUUUUGGGUGAUGUAACUUGUAAGAGGUCAUUGUCGCAGAUAAUUUUUGUGAUUAAAAUCUAGAAAUCUAAAGUAUGCCUUUUGGUCGAAACUUCCUGAACUUAUCCUCUCAUCAAGAUCACUUUUUUUUUUCUUGAAUAUAUAUUGGAUUCCCCUUAGAACAUGCUUAUAAAUAGGCCAAUAUCAUAGCAUUUUCUUCAUCUCAAACCAAACAAGUUUCUUCACCAAGUAAUAUCAUCACAGUGUGAUCAUUGCAGUACAUAUAUCAGCAUUCUCAUAACUAGUUUCCCUCUCUAAGUAAAAAAUUCCUUCAAACUAAUGGAUAUUGUGAAGGGAUUGGUACAAGAAAGGCCAGUAGUAAUUUUCAGUAAGACCAACUGUCCGGUUAGCCACUCUAUGAUAAAGCUCAUUAGUGGCUUUGGUGCUAACAUAACUGUAUAUGAACUUGAUCAAUUACCAAAUGGCCGAGAUAUUGAGAAAGAUUUACAGUUGAUGGGUUGCAAACCAAGUGAACCAUGUAUCUUCAUUGGUGGUAAUUUUGUAGGUGGACCGAAUGAUGUGCUCAGCCUUCAGGUGCAAGGCAGACUUGCACAGAUGCUGAUGGAUGCCGGAGCUAUUUGGCUCUGGAACAGAAACUAGUUGGCUUUAUUCGCUUAGGCUGUGAAAGUAUGAUAAUGGAAAUUUUAGGGUCGGUUUUGUAGAGGAGUUGAUAGCAUAUUAUGUCUAUACUCUGUAGCUAAGAUGAUGCAAAUAAGGGGUCUUCUGUAGUGCCUUGUUUUUCUGAGCAUUAUCAGAUUCGGAUACCUUAAAAGUUUGUAUGUCAUAUCCUCUUUCCAUCUAAAGAUAGGGAGAAUGUAAUAUCUUAUGUAAGCAACUACUUGUUGUGUAUGUUUACUGAAAAUUGAAAUAAUAUUUGAAUUUGCUACUGAAAACUUUGAGUCAAAUGCAAGUGAAAGAAUAUAUUCAUCUCUCAGUAUUGCACCCUCAAAUUCGAAGUUUUUGUGAUAAGAAACGAAGAUAGCAUUACAUGCUUCUAUAAAUUGUUUCUUAAUGAACUAGCAAUUGUAAUUGCAAUUAUAGCUGCUUACUUUGCAACUAUAUAACAGAAGUAUAUGCUUGGUCACCACAAGUAUACAUUUCAAAUAUAAAUUGACUGCAUAAAUGAUUAAAGCAACACAAGUCUAGUCUAGUUCAAGCUUUCAGGAUCAAAAUUUGGGUUCAACCCAUAGAAUAUGAAAUGCUUAUAAACUAAUUUGAAUUAUACAGAGCAAGAUAUAGCCAAUGCCAGGCCUAUCAUGAUAAAAAAACUAAUAUGAUUUCUCAGAAGAAUCUGGUUUAGUGUGCAUUACUUUUUGUUUAUGUGAUGUUGCAAAUGAUGUUUGACACCAAGGGUCAUUCAAAACAAUCUCGUUGUUUUAUCACUAGCAAAAGUAAGGUUGUGUACAUCCGACUCUCUAAACCCCAUCUUAUUGGCAUUUUGACUCGUCUUACUGUCUUCAGCUGUUCG